AUGUCUUUUUUAGAUGGAGGUAAUGGUUUGUUAGAUGAUUCUAUUACUAUUGGAUCCGACAAGUUAAAUGAAUGUUGGGAAAGUGUUAUGGUCUAUGGGAGAAUACCUGUUCCAAGACAUGCUCAUUCAUGUACUUUGAUAGGUGAUACUAUAUGGAUAUUUGGUGGAUACGGUUUGGGUGGUGUACAUCUUGGCGAUUUGAAUAGAUUCGAUAUUCUCACUGGCCAGUGGCAUCGUAUAAAGACAAGUGCGAAAAUCAAUGCGAGACACUCACACACUGCCGUGGAGUACGGUGGAUGUCUAUGGGUGUUUGGUGGCAUCGGAAAGGGAUCCGAUGACAAUGUCUAUAACGAUUUGUGGAUGUUCUCACCGGCCACCGAUCAGUGGACACAAAUAACACAUCGUGGAGUGGAAUCAUCUGCAGGUUCGAGACAGCCAGAUCUCGCCGGUUCCGCAUGGACGCCAGUACCACGGAAUGGCGGCGAUCGGCAACAAGCUGAUCAUAGUCGGUGGCUACGACGGACUGGUCUGUCCGAACGACAUGUACGAGCUGAAUCUCGACACGAUGGUUUGGCGUGGAAUCAUGGCGGCCAACGGCAGACACGUCAUUCGUCGUGGCGCUUGGGUGGACAGAGUGAUUACAAUGAGAACGAUAUCUACCGAUAUCAACUUGAUAGAAAGAAAAACAAUCAACCAUCAUCAUCAUCAUCGCUAUCAUCUACCAAACAACUAUCAUUGAAUUUCGAGACAUUAGUAGAUAAUCCUAUUUUCUCUGAUAUCAAAUUCCUAGUAGAAGAUAAAAUUAUAAAUGCACAUAAAUGUAUAUUAUAUUCUAGAAAUCAACAUUUUAAAGCAAUGAUAACAAGUGGAAUGAAAGAAAGUACAGAAGAUAUCAUUACAAUAUCGGAUGUAUCAUAUGAAGCAUUCAAAGCGAUCAUACAUUAUAUAUAUACUGGACAAUUACACUUUCACCAAGUCGACAUUCUGGAACUGCUCUCGUUGUCUGACCGAUACCUCAUCGACGAUGUCAAACAUCAAUGUACUAAAUAUUUAAUCAAUCACAUCAAUUCCAAUCAAACCAACUUGGCAUCUUUGAAAAGUAUAGCAGAAACCUUUAAUCUAUCGGAUCUAUUGAAAAAGAUAUUAAUAAUAGAAGAUAAUAAAAUUAAAGAAUAA